UGGGCCAAUGCCAUGCGCUCUAAUUUCCCCGAAGGCACAGCCGGCUGUGGACGUGGUGGCCCGGGAUCUCGCCACGUCGGAGGGCGAUCAGCGCGACGAGACCAUCGACAAUUCGUGCUGAUUCUUCUCCCGCGAUCGCAAAAGGAAAAACGGUGGAACGGAAGAUAAAGAAGAGACAAGUACGGGACAUUAAACGGGCUCUUUAAAGGCAAGUUGUUGCUUUUGCUGCUGCACGUCAACAGACGACUGACAUUGUCGUCGUUGUCGUCUUAGGUCGAGCCUCGCGCACGGCGUCCAAUCUUCGCCAUUUCCAUGCGAAGGUCGCCUUGUCAUGGCUAUCGCCCUUCUGGGCAAGUGCGUCGCGCUUCUGGGUCUUGUCGUGCUGCUCUACGCUACUUGCUACGGCUUCCGAAUACGCGAUGUCACGCCGCACUCGGUCGCCUGUGUUCCCGCGCACGACAGAGUCUGCCCGGACAAAACGGCAGCAACCGGGAAAUCGGUGUACUCGGUUCGAAAAUGGCACGAGAGCACGACGUCGCAAAUUGCUGAUGGUGACCGAAAACCACCUGCCGAGUCAACAUUAGGCGUUGGAACAGAGAAGAUCCGGACCACGGAACGUCCAAGAGACAAGGAUGCGAUCAAACUUAUAUCGAAAAACUUCAGGACAAAAAAUGUCGAGACCGAUGACGAUGAAGAUGUAGAAGCGAAGAAAGAAAUUGAAGAGGAUGAGGGAUCGGAGGAAGAUCGGAGUGAUGAGGAUGAUGAAGAGGAAGAAAGAGCGUCCAAGCUAUCGGAUCAAGAUGUUGAAAGCAAGGACAAGGAAAAAACGAUUAUUAGUGAAGAUGGUGAUAAUGAAAGUGCAGAUGAUGAAGACGAUAAUGAUGUAGAGGUUAAAACUAAAAUGAUAAAAUAUAGCAAAAAUAAAGCUGUUGAAAAAGAAGAUGAUGAAGAUGAUGAUGAAGAUGAUGAUGAUGACGAUGAAGAUGAUGACGACGACGACGACGACGAUGAAGAAGAAGAAGAAGAAGAAGAAGGAGAUGAUGAUGAUGAUGAGGAUGAUGAUGAUGACAAUAAUGAUGAUGAUGAAGAAGAAAAAGAGAGACCAAUAGUCAAGACAGAUCGGCAAAAAGUCAGGGAACCAUUUAAAAAACAAGAUAAAAUUCAGGUUCUGCAAAGUGACGAGGAUAAAGACGACAAAGAUAAAGCUAGACAUAAAGAUGAUAUAAGAGAAAGCGUUCCAUCAUCUAAAAAGUUGGAGAAAGUAAGGUUCGCCGAUAAAGACAAAACUAACAUUUUACUUAGCAAGCACGAUGUGGAAAAGUCAAAACAUGAAGAUAAAAGAUCGACUAAUGUCACGAAACCGGCAGUUGAAAGCGUAAAAAAGACAACCGAAAGCACGAAGAAAUUUGAAUCAAUCGAAAGUACGAAGAAACCUAUCGAGAGCGCGAAGAGAUCGAUCGAGGUUAUGCAGAAAUCAGUUGAAGGUGCGAAAAAAUUAUCUGAAACUACAAAAAAGUUGAAUCAGAAGGCUCCUUCCGAGCCUAAGGCCGAGGUAUCUAAAACUGCAACAAAAGUAGUAGACGAAAGAUCGAAGACGCGCGUGAAACCGGAAACUUCAACACCUGCACCGAGGAUCAAGGAGCAGGCGAAACAACUGGAGAAGGCGGAUGUCAAAAAAGUAACAGCAAAAGUAACUUCGAAGCCGUCGAGGGAAGUUUCGCAAGUGGAGAAGCGAGAAACAAAGCCAACAACUACGAGGGAACGUACAGACGCAUCUGUUAUAUUGUCCGAAUUGAAUGAUGCAAUUCUGCGUGUGCCGACCUUCGUGCCAAAUUUUACGAACGUUGAAAAUCUCGAGUGUCAGCAACACGGCAAGAUAUUCCUACGACAAUUGAGAGGUUACAAGUUGUGGGCGCUGCAAAUGCUAGAUUCAAGCGCAAAGAUUUCGUCGGGCUUAUUACGAGGAAACGUGAAUCAGCUCGGGGAUUACGAUCAAUGCUUGGGUGUGCUGGCAUAUGUUAAAGUAGACGAGAGACCGAUAAAAAUUCAAGGGAAAUAUUGCUUGGCUACUGUGGACAUGCAAGCUUCCCAUCCAGACAUGAGGCUGCCGGUCAAUUUAAUGCAAGGGCGCGCUUUCAUACGAGCAAGCAUGCACGACCCAGGUCAUUUCAUUCCGAAAUUCACUACAGUCAAUUGGGCGCUGUGUCUACCCGCGGCGUGUUCAGCUAAGGACGCCGAACGUGCGUUAGAAAGUGCCUUAGAGGAUUACAAUGAAACUGUUGGAAUUAGAUUUACGGUGGACGUCGAUCCUAAUAUGUGUUACGUGAAACAAAAGUCUCAAACUUAUUCGAAAGAAACGAUCGGCGUUCUGUAUUUUUACGCAAUGAUCGUUUGUCUCGUUAUCGUAGCAACUGUAAGAGAUUAUUUCGUGGAAACGCAAGGAAAAGGAAAUUAUUCUGAGAGGAUAAUCAUGUCAUUUUCCUUGCGGAGGACGAUUAAAUCCUUAUUGAAGGAAGCGACGGGCGGUGCGGAUAUUACUUGUAUUCACGGGAUAAGAGCGCUGGCCACGAUCGCUCUUUACGUUGCACAUCAGCUUGUAACAAUCGCCCGAAUACCGUUUAGCAACCGUACUUCUCUUACCGAGCUCGCCAACAAUCCGGCCAGCUCUAUUUUGCGAGUAUCGUUAGUUUAUACGGAUGCAUUUUUACUGCUAAGCGGCCUUCUGACCGCGUACAACAUGGCAAGAGAGCUGAAGAAUCGCGGCGAGAUUCGCUGGUUUUGUCGUUUCAUCGCCAGAUUUAUCAGACUUUCACCGGCAUUGCUCGCGAUGGUGUUCUGGUAUGCGUUUGUCAUGGAACAUGUGGGUUCGGGUCCACAAUGGAACAGCAUCAUCACGGCGAACGCGGAGCUCUGCAAGCAGAACGCCUGGACGAAUCUGUUAUACGUACAAAAUUUCUUUCCGUUCGAGGAGAUGUGCGCUACGCAUACGCAUCAGUUGGCCCUGGAUAUGCAGCUGUCGCUCUUGGCGCCCAUUCUGGUGUUCUUCUUACUAUAUAAGCCGCUCAUCGGCGUUCUUUUGAUAGCUUUCCUCGUCCUGUUGUCCGCCACUUUACGUUACAUUGCAACAACGAACAAUUAUCUCUCUCUCGUCAUCUUUCACGGAAUGUCAUUAAGGCGCCUAUAUAAGACCGCUAAUUUCACUUAUGCGUUGCCGCUGCACAGAGCAACGCCAUACGUUUUUGGUGUUAGCCUCGGUGUAUUGUUACAUUAUACCGGGAAGAACGUCAAAAUUCACAAGGUGUUGGUGAUCUUGGGUUGGUCGAUUGCAACGUUCUUGGGUUCAUGGUCAUUAUUUUCACCCUGGCGUCAGGCCAGACGAGACUACGUGUACAACGUCGAAGAGGCUGCUCAUUAUGCAGUAAUCGGGCCGGUGUUGUGGGCUAUAGCUUUAUGCUGGUCAAUAUUUGCCUGCUUCACGGAACACGGAGGCGUCAUUAACAGAUUCCUCUCCAAUUAUUGGCUGGUGAUCUUCAGCAGGAUAUCUUACGCCAUGUACCUAACACAAUUCGCGGUAUUUUUUUACAAUGUUGGGACCACAAGAUUUUCUUCGGAAUUUCAACCUCACAGAGCAAUUGAUCCUCUGGAAGUAGUGAUAGUAAUAGUUGUGUCAGUCAUUUUGACGUUACUCUUUGAUCUUCCGAUGCAGGAAGUAAAGAACGUCAUAAUGGAAAGCACAGACAUUUCGACGCUCGAAGUUUCCCAGGAAGAAAAGACGAGUGUAAGCGAAGAUAAAAACUUAAUCGAGGUGGCGGAAGCCGCGAAAUCGACGAUCGAAGCAAAUGUUUUUGAGGAUGACGAGAUCGCGUCUACCGGAUGGGACUGGCAGAAGGAUAUAGCUCGAGGUCCGGCUGUGCUCGAAGGACACGAGACGGAGGAGGAAACGGUAGACGUACCGAUAUUGAAGAAAGUGAACGGAAGAAAAAUGUCAUUUAUCGAUAAUGAAACGCACGAUCCCGAGAAGGUGUCGAGUAGAGAUAAAAUACCUGCUAGAAAAUUAUCUAGAGAAACGGAAGAUUACACGGAGCGUAGCAAGAGAGACAUAAAUAGUCAGAGAUACGCGACGGAUGACUCCGAAAAAGAAGCUAUCGAAUUUCGAAGAAGUCAGCGAGAACACGAGACUGCUCAACGCAACAGGCGUUCGCUAUCGAGAACCAAAGAUAAUAAGAAAUUGACACCUAGAGAGAGCGAAAGUGAAGACGAGCGACAACGCCGAAGAGAGAGCGAUGACGAUUCGCGACAGUUCGAAAGACCCGAAUCUAGAGGAAGGACUAAGGAACCGGACGAUCGUUCUUGGGAAUUUGUCGGGAAGGAAGGUUCCUCUGCGAAAGAACAAUACGAAACAAUAUCGCGACAAACGAAAGCACCUCUCGCGAGAAGAAUAUUGUCUUCCGAGAGCGAGGGAGAAUCAUCGACUCGAGAAGGAACGCAGUCGGAACGCGUUCCAAGUUUUGAAACAAAAACCAGCGACGAAGAGGAUUGGGAACACGAGCUGAGAAUACGAAGGAAACAGUUUAUGGAACAGCUGAUCACCCAGCAACGCGAAUCACUGUCCGAGGAGAGGAAUGAAAGCGAUGCAGAACCCUUGAAACGUAGAUCCUCCGCGGAGGGCAAGCUAGCAUUGCUGAGGGAUGACCUUUCCGGCGAGGAUAACAUGGACUCGUGGACUGUCAGCGUUGGAGCGCGAAUGACGCCGCUCGGAUCCUCUCAGGAACCAAGCGAGCCCGAGGACGAAGGUAUUUACAUGCGACGAAGGGAAUAUCGUGAGAAAGGUCCACCUUCGCGAGAGGAAAGCUUAAGCGAAGAGGAGAGUAGCCAGGACACUUCGAGAAGGCAGUCGUAUACUAGUGGUAGCCAGAAGACGUCCUUGGAAGAAGAGGAAGACGUUAACAACUAUAAUUUCGUGUUGACUGAGGGAAGCAAAAGAGAAUCCGUACAAGAUCUGUCGAAUUUGUCGCAGGAGGAAUUGACGAACGCCGGAUGGAACGUCGUGAAGAAAGAAGAUGAACUUUUAAAGCCGACGUCGACUGGACUAUUCAAGCGGGAGUCUAUCGUGAAGAGUCAGGCUAGCGAGGAGGAUCCUGAGUAUUUUCUACCGGAAAGGCCAAAGCUCGUUCAGCAGGAGCGGGAACAUCCUUUCAAGAAGGCCUGGCAGGUGCAAAAGUCCCGAUCGGAGGAAGAGGGCACCUCGGCGUACGCUAUAAAAAAUCCCAAGGAACAGUCGUCCGAGACGAAACAGACGACGAAGGAGACGUCGAUCAAACGCGAGCACAGCGGCGAGCACAGCGGCGAGCAGUCUGAGGAUGCCGAAUCGUUCGCUGACGAGGAAGCUGCCGUGAUACUGCGAGGUAGGAGCACCGAUACGGAGGAUACUAGAACCAGUUCGAAAUCCGGCACGGACGAGACGGAUUCGAUCUCGACGGAAUACAGCAAAGAUAGAGAUCACCGUGAUGGAGAUUAUAGACAGAGCUCGAAAUCUGAGACCGACGAAGAUUCGGGGAAAUUUAAUUGGCCUGGUGAAGAAGAAGAGGAAGAGGAAGAGGAAGACGAAAUUUACAGGACCGACAACAGGAGUAAGUCGGAAGAAGCGGAUUGGGAGCGGGAGGAAACUUGACGAAAAUGAUUUUAGACAAUUGCGUAUGAAAGUGUACUUUAUCUUCAAGUUUGGGUCGAAGGCAAGGCCUUGGAAAGAAAAGCAAAAUAAAUGGAUCGCAAUCACUCGGAGCAACAGAAUUUGCAGAAGAAAAAAUACGAGGACGACAAAAUCGAAAUUUAUAUAUUUUAAUCCUUAUAAGUUAAUAAAUUAUAAAAAAAUA